UGACUGAAUCUACAGCUGCAGAUAUCAUCACAGUCAUAAACACAGAUGACAGUCAAGAAACUCUGGUCAGUUUGAACACAAAAGAAUCACCAUCAUACACAAUGACUGAUACAGGGAGCACAAGUUUGUUUACAACCUCAGACUCAGAUAUAGAGACCUUCAGCACUGACAUACAGGAGCAAUAUUUAACUCCUACCGACCAAGACGACUCAAAAACAGCUUCUCCACAGGCAACGUCUACACUAGUUACCAACCAUCUGCUUACUCAGUCAAGCCAGGCAGUGCCCUGUAAGUCCACCAUUCAGAGGAACCAAAUAUCUAAUGCAGACGCCACCUCUAAUGCAUUUUCUCCUCUCACAUCUACAAACGAAGACUUGAUAUCCAGUGAUAAUCCAGUGACCGACCCAUCAGCUCAUAAACCCAGCCAGAUAUCCAUCCAAGCAGAGCAGAAGGACUCAGACUCCACCAACACCUGCUCAAACAGCAUACCUUCAACACCCGCAGAUCUGAUAAACUCACCAUUAUCUACCAACACCACCAGAGAAGGAAUCGCUGAUAAGUGUGAAAUCGAAAGCAUAACCUUUCGUCUAAACACAAGGAAAGUGCCCAUGUUUAAAACUGUGGCCUUUAAUUACCCACUCAUGCAUCAGGUCACAAUCAUGAGCACGGUGUCAGAACCAUGAAGCCGUCACACUGAUGAAGUGAACAGAAACUUCCUGCUAAUUAAAAUAGAUCAAGUGUUUUGCGGUUACUUAACAAACUAUGCAGGUUAUUUGAGCGUCACACAGAUCAUAUGACAAGGUGCUCAAAUGGCCCAACAAAUAAACAAACAAAGAAACUGGGAAAACAGUGGAGGAACUGGUUUGAUACUGUAUGAAGCACUUUCACUUUGACUAUAAAUAUGAUACCGCUUGAAUCACAGGUAUAAAUAUUGUAUAUAACAUUGAUUUUUACGGCCGUUACAUUUCUGUUGAUGCUUUUAUCUGACAUUGCACUGAAUGUACAAUUUAUUUCAGUUCUUGCUUUCUCUCAACAACUUCUCUCACAACCUUGGUGUUGCUGGCACAGGACUGUAGUUUUUGAGUUACAUGAAGGCUGUUUGAAAACACAAACAAGCAAGAGUGUUUAUGUACAAAACUGUCACGCCUGUAAAAUGCUGUAAACACUUAUGUACAUGGAAAUCUUGUAAAACAAA